CUGCCAUGACACUACAUUUCCCAUGAAUCCUCAGCGCGGAAGUUCGAAGUCAGCUGAUGUUCUUGUUGGGUUGCUGGAACUGGAAGUUCUUGCUAUAAUCUCGCGUAAAUUUUUUACGUAUUAGUAUUAUUGCCGUUUUGCUUUAAAUGAUGUUGCGUCCUAAAGCAUUAACACAAUUACUCAGUCAAGCAAACACCAGUGGCGUACAAAGCACGCUGUUAUUGAAUAAUGAAGGCUCUCUAUUGGCGUAUUCUGGAUAUGGAGACACUGAUGCAAGAGUCACUGCAGCCAUUGCCAGCAACAUCUGGGCGGCUUACGACAAAAACGGACACCAGGCCUUUAAUGAGGACAAACUGAAAUUCAUCCUGAUGGAUUGUAUGGAGGGCAGGGUGGCCAUUACACGUGUUGCAAACUUGUUGCUUUGCAUGUAUGCCAAGGAGACAGUAGGCUUUGGGAUGCUUAAAGCCAAGGCUGAAGCUUUAGUGCAGUACCUCGAGGAACCACUAACACAAGUGGCAGCAUCGUAGGAUGUACUUUUGUGUAUUUCUGUACAUUGAAACAGAAACUUCUGAAGAUCUUGGCCUUUAUAAUAUAUUAUCUAUGGCUUUAUUUAUUUGCAUACUCCGUAUGAUUGCUAUAUCAAAUUGUGUGGCUAUUAGACCCAAAAUAAUGCUUUGCAUAAACAUUAAUAAUUGCUUUUGAACUGCAUUUUCCCUUUUUAUUAUAUUUUCUUUAUGUCUCAGAAUUUUUGCAGUCCGUGAUCAGGCUGUGUCUAGUGUCAACAAUAUUAAAUAAAUUUCUCUUUUUGUUACAUGUUGUGGUUGUUUUACCUUUAAAACACAAGAAAUUUAUGCUUUUUAUUAGUUAUGUC